AUGGGAGUCUCGGAGAACACAACCGGGCUGAUAUUGGCAGUGGCGUCCAGCGCGUUUAUUGGUUCGAGCUUCAUCCUGAAAAAGAAAGGACUCAAGCGAGCUGGUGCUUCCGGCAUCCGUGCAGGAGUUGGAGGUUAUACUUAUUUACUAGAGCCACUAUGGUGGGUUGGCAUGGUUACCAUGAUUCUUGGCGAGGUUGCAAAUUUUGUGGCUUAUGUUUAUGCUCCUGCCGUUCUAGUGACCCCCCUUGGGGCACUAAGUAUAAUUAUCAGUGCAAUUUUAGCACAUUUUAUGCUGAAUGAAAGACUGCCAAGAAUGGGUGUUCUUGGCUGCGUUUCAUGCAUUGUUGGAUCAGUAAUUAUUGUUCUCCACGCACCUCAAGAGCAACCUCUAAACUCUGUAGAAGAAGUAUGGAAUUUGGCAACUCAGCCAGCUUUUCUGAUAUAUAUAGCCGCGACGGUCUCAACAGUGUUAGCUUUGGUUAUACACUUCGAACCACGAUUUGGUCAAACAAACAUGUUGGUCUACUUAGGAAUAUGCUCCUUGAUGGGUUCAAUCACGGUUGUGAGCAUCAAGGCAAUUGGAAUAGCUAUAAAGCUUACACUAGAUGGGAUAAAUCAGAUUACUUGUCCUCAGACUUGGUUGUUCAUCACAGUAGCAGCAAUAUGUGUCAUUACACAGUUAAAUUAUUUGAACAAGGCAUUAGAUACGUAUAAUGCAGCAGUUGUUUCUCCAGUAUACUAUGUCAUGUUCACAACUCUGACAAUUGUUGCUAGCGCUAUAAUGUUCAAGGAUUGGGAAGGUCAAGAUGCCAGCAGCAUAGCAUCUGAGAUAUGUGGGUUUAUCACUGUGCUAACCGGUACUAUUAUACUUCACUCGACAAGAGAUCAAGAACCUCCUCCUUCCAGUGGGACUGUAACAUGGUAUGUUAGAGGGGAUUCUUUCAAGAACCUGAAUGGGGAACAUUUACUCCACAUUCACGAAUCUGAAGAACGAUAA